AUGGGGAAAGUGGCUGUAGGUGCGACGGUUGUGUGCGCUGCGGCGGUUUGUGCGGCGGCUGUGUUCAUCGUGCGGCGGCGGAUGCAGAGCUCCGGGAAAUGGGCGCGAGUGAUCGAGAUCUUGAGGGUGCUCGAGGAGGAUUGCGCAACGCCAAUCGCGAAAUUGAAACAAGUGGCUGAUGCCAUGACCGUUGAGAUGCACGCCGGUCUCGCAUCGGAGGGUGGAAGCAAGCUUAAGAUGCUUAUCAGCUACGUCGACAAUCUUCCUUCUGGGGAAGAACAUGGUUUCUUCUAUGCACUGGACCUAGGUGGAACAAACUUCCGUGUGAUGCGUGUGCUUCUCGGUGGCAAACAAGGCCGUGUCGUCAAACAAGAAUUCGAAGAAGUCUCGAUUCCUCCUCAUUUGAUGACUGGUGGCUCAGAUGAAUUGUUCAAUUUUAUCGCCGAAGCGCUUGCAAAGUUUGUCGCUACAGAAGGCGAAGACUUUCAUCUCCCAGCCGGUAGACAAAGGGAACUAGGUUUCACAUUUUCCUUUCCGGUUAGGCAGACAUCUUUGUCCUCUGGCACUCUCAUCAAGUGGACUAAAGGCUUUUCCAUCGAAGAUACAGUUGGAGCAGAUGUUGUUGGAGAGCUUGUUAAAGCAAUGGAAAGAGUUGGUCUCGACAUGAAUGUCACAGCGCUUGUUAAUGAUACAGUUGGAACACUUGCUGGUGGUAGAUACUAUAACUCGGAUGUUGUUGCCGCUGUUAUUUUGGGGACUGGCACAAACGCAGCCUAUGUGGAACGUGCACAUGCAAUUCCCAAAUGGCAUGGUUUGCUUCCCAAAUCAGGAGAAAUGGUGAUCAACAUGGAGUGGGGAAACUUCAGGUCAUCACAUCUUCCAUUGACAGAGUACGACCACUCGCUAGAUUUCGAGAGUCUGAAUCCUGGUGAACAGAUUCUGGAGAAAAUCAUAUCGGGAAUGUAUUUGGGAGAGAUCUUGCGUAGAGUUCUUCUGAAGAUGGCUGAAGAAGCUGCUUUCUUCGGCGACACCAUCCCACAAAAGCUGAGAAUACCAUUCAUCAUAAGGACCCCGCACAUGUCUGCCAUGCACAGCGACACUUCUCCGGAUUUGAAGGUUGUUGGAAGCAAGUUAAAGGACAUAUUGGAGGUCUCUACGACUUCUCUGAAGAUGAGAAAAGUUGUGAUCAGUAUCUGUAACAUCAUCGCCACCCGUGGAGCUCGUCUGUCAGCUGCUGGGAUCUAUGGAAUCCUCAAGAAAAUAGGAAAAGAUGUCCCUAAAGAAGGGGAAACUCAGAAAUCGGUUAUAGCCAUGGACGGUGGUUUGUUUGAGCACUACACUCAAUUCAGUGAGUGUAUGGAGAUCUCACUGAAAGAGUUACUUGGAGACGAAGCAUCAGAGAGCGUCGAGGUGAUUCAUUCCAACGACGGAUCUGGUGUUGGAGCAGCGUUGCUCGCUGCCUCGCACUCUCAAUACCUUGAGGACUCUGAAACAAGUUAA